GAGAGAGAGAGAGAGAGAGAGAGAGAGAGAGAGAGAGAGAGAGAGAGAGAGAGAGAGAGAGAGAGAGAGAGAGAGAUGGCGGAGAACGAUGAUGCAAAUCCCCAAGAGCCAUUAGAGAGUCACUUCGAGAUCGCGAUUGACAGCGAACAGAGACUUGAUUCGCCGAUUAUUCGGGAAAUAAAAAUAGAAGUAAUCCAAGGGCGCGAUUUGUGGAGUCCAUAUGCGAGUUCGGAAGAGACGGAAGUGAAGAAGAAGAAAGAAAGUGCUGGCAAGGACAAGAAGAGGGGAGAUAAACCCCGCACCCCACGUACCCCACGUACCCCACGCACUCCACGUGGCCAAAAGUCUCCGCGUGGGAAGGAUUCCCCUCGGGGUGGCGGUACCCCUCGAGGGAGAAAGACCCCUUGGGUUAAGGAUGGCCUCCCCCUCGACAGCCCACCCCCUCCGCAAUUAGCCUCUGCCGCAGUUGCCUUUUCCCUGUUUGGUAGGGAGCUCGACUCUGACGGCUCCGCAUCUGCAAGGCAACCGCCACAGAUUUUCGAGUCCACUCCCGUUCAGCCCGUGACAUUGGCAGCAGCCAGCCCGUCACCUGACGCGGUGCCGACCGGCAGCCAUGGCCCAGAGGAAUUGCCAUCACCUGUCGGCAGCGCUACUGUAGAAGCAGGAAAGUCGGUAUCCGGACCCGAAGCUUCGUUGGACCCCUCAGGGCCUUCAACGGUUGAACCUCCCCCUCAAGCUCCCCCUCAAGCUCCCCCUCAGACCGCUUCCUUCGAUUUCGGUGCCAGCCACACGUACAAACGCGUGGUCGAUUGGGCGUUCAUCCAAACAGCUGUCUCACGACCGCUUGCUGUGGCAGUUCAGUGGGUUGAUCCAGCAAACGGAGCACGGCACACCGUCGGGAGAGCUGCCCUGGACCUCUCGAAAUUCGUCGGCAGAGCUAAUCCUCCACUUGAGCUUGACGAAUGGCUCCCAGUGGGCCCUGCAGCUGCCUCAGACGAAAUAGCGACUUCCCCUUCCGGGCAGCCAAGAGAGGCAGGAGGUGGGGCUGGAGGAGGGAAAACCGCAGGGGCGAAGAGUGCCAAACAGACAGGGAAGGUGUCAUCUCCUGGACCCCGUGGAAAGAAAGGAGAAACCUCGGAAGAGCGGCUGGCGGCUGCUUUGCCCACAGUCCUGCCUAAUGCCACCUUGAGGGUACGGGUGACUGUAUCGGAGCCUUUGCUAAAGGGAAAGGACGCGGAGAAAGGGGUCAUCUUGGAGAUGGAGGUGACGAGGGUUCAUCCAGUGCCCCCUAAAAUUCACGACUUCGCAAGAGACCCUGCCAUCGACCCCUUCUUGUACCAUGUGGCAGUGCCAUUUCCAGGGAUGUGGGGAAUGUGGUGGGCAGAUUUGAAGGACUCACUUACGCACGAAGAAGCACCGCCUGCCACCGUAGACCCAGUUCAAGUAGGAGGCAGAGGACGAAGCGCGGGCAAAAGUGCUGGAAAGGACGAAGGACAGGAUAAGGGUGGGGGUGAGAAAGGAGGCAAAGUCUCGGACAAAGUCGGUGGGAAGAAGGCUGACAGAGCGAAGACAGCGGAAGAGGAAGGGGGCGAGCAACAGGCAGAGACGGAAUCGGGAGUGCCGCUGGAGAAGCUCUGGCCCCCGGUGCUUAGGCUUGACUAUGGCGAGGUAGAGAUCGUCAUCAAAGAAAAAACCGCCGAGACUUCUCAGGUGGAGGGGCAACCGCCGGGCGAAGCGGAAGCACAGAAAGAGAAUGGGUUGCCUGCUCCGCCGGACUCUAAGUCUGAAGGGGGAGUCCUCCCUUCGGAGGAAGGUGGGAAAGCGACGUCGACAGCUGCGGCAACGAAGUCGACGAAGCCUGAGGAGGAUGACGAAGGGGGUCCGGGAGCAAACAAGUCGAAAAAGAAGGGGGCGAAGAAAGAGCGCCCCGGCACAGCUGGCAAGGACAAACGGGAGAAAGACGGAGGUGGUGGGAAGAAGAAGGAAGGAGGGAGAAAGAAAGACGACACGGAGAAGGCGAAGGACGAAGAGCUCAGAGCUAUGGAGGACGCCAGGGUCGUCUGGAAAGCGACCAGGUUGUCGGGCAGGACUGUCAGCAGACGGUUCCUUCCUGCAGAGGCGGUCGAGGUCCUGAGAGCUUUUCUGUUCCGAAAGAAGAAACUGAUGGGAGAAAUUGCGCGCUACCUGAAGGAGGACCGGGUGGAUAUGACAGAUCCGGUCUGGGAAAAGUACCACGCCACCUUCCUGGUGGAUCUGGUGGCUUUACUGGAACCGGGUUGCUGUCUGGCAGAGCUUUCCAUCCCUCUCGGUGCUGCUACUCCCCAAGCUUUUCUGCUUCAGGGAUUGUCUAUGAGAGAAGGGGACGGGGAGCCGUGGUCCCCCCAACACCUAAGAUACCCGUUGCUGAAACGUCCACCAGCAAAUCCCAACAAGAAAGCGAUACCUGUGGAGGGGGGUGAGGAGGGGAAGCAGGGAAAUGACGACGCCGAGCCAGGCAAACAGGAGGAGGAAGAUGGCGUGCUUUCUCUUGCAGAGCAAAGCUCAUGGCUAGAAUCAAGGUCGUUCAUUUUCAUCAAGAUUACCCUUAGCCAACCCAUCGAGCCCAUAUGGGUGCCACCACCAAAGCCAGACCUCAAACUGGGAGACCUCAUUCCCCCUCGACCAAAGCUGGAAAAGAUGAAGGAUAAGGCAAAGCCAGCACUUGAGGCUUUUCGUAAAUUCGUGGCUUCGAUGAUCUACGACCUGGCAUCCCGGUAUCAGGAGAUGUUUGCUGAAAAAACAGAGAAUGGAACACUCACGACCCCUGAUAAUUCGGUAGACGAGAAGAGGAAACAACUCAUUUUCGAUUUGAACACAACUGGUAGGUGGCUUGGAAUGAAGGAGAAGAUGAAAGAGCUCAUGGUGAAGGUCGUAAGAGAAAGGUAUGCCUCAUUCCAGGGUAAGAAACCAACGGAAGAGGAGGUAGAUGACAUGUACAGCGAUUUGUAUACCUACUUGCUGGACCAGAUCCAUAUCAUUCUCAACAGGGUCACCGCGGACAGCGCCACAGGCAAGGAACCAAGGGAAAGGGACAAGCGGGAGCAGCAGGAGAAGGACGAUGGGGACGAGCGGGCGCAGCAGGAGAAGGACGAUGCGGGAGGAGCGGGAGGAGCAGGAGAAGGACGAUGCGGGCGGGGUUACGUGGCAAGAACAUGCGCAGAAAUUACCAUGAAGGAUGAUGGUCUGAGCGACACGACAAGGGCCACAGACACGAAACGAAGGGGAGCAGGAGGAGGAGCAGGAGGAGCAAGAGAAGGACGGACGAUGCGGGCGGAUAAGUUUGAUAUUCGGCAGGGCUUCCAUCGCAUUCUGGUUAAGGAGGAAGAUCGGUCGAAGAUGGCCUUCGUACUGUUUGAGGGCAUGUGGCAGUGGGUUCGGUGCCCGAUGGGGAUUUGCAAUGCGCCGGCCACGUUUCAGCGAGUCAUGAACGUCAUUUUUGAGAACUUCGUCAACAAGACACGGUUAACGCAGGGAAUGAUCAACUUUUGCGUCAUUGUGUACAUGGACGACAUCCUGGUCUAUUCAGAGACCUAUCAUGAUCAUGCGCAGCAUAUCGAGUGGACGUUGGGUGCUCUGAGAGACGCCGGAUUCAAGAUUGCGCUUGAAAAGAGCAAAUUAUUCCUUUCGGAAAUUUCGUUCUUGGGCUACGUCGUGACACGUGGAGGACUGCGGCCUGACUCGAGAAAGGUCGCGGCGGUGAAGGAAGCUCCUGUUCCCACGUCACUGACGCAGGUUCGAGCCUUCUUGGGGUUAGCCUCGUACUAUCAUCGUUUCAUCAAGGGCUUCGCCGCGAUUGCACGACCCUUAACGAACUUGUUACAGAAGGACCAGCCCCUCAGUUGGGACGCAGGGUGCGAACAGGCCUUUGCGACCCUCAAGGAAGCUCUACCAACGACGCCUAUUUUGAUCCGACCGGACCCCGCGAAGCAGUUCAUUCUCAUCACGGACUGGCAGCCGGAGGUUAUUUCCGCUAUUUUAGCGCAGAAGGGGAACGAUGGCCAUGAACAUGUCAUCGAAUAUGCGUCACGAACAGUACCAGACGAGCUCAGCCCCGCAGGGCGAAUGCUACGCAGUAGUUGGAGGCUCUGGUGUGAACACUUCGUCGAUCUUUCGGUCUGCCUGGUCGGAGUACGACUCACGUGGACCAGGGACGAAGGGCAUCGCGCUUGGUUCGAGUACCUGGAGUUGCUGAUCAUCCAGGCUUGGAGGACGGACGUGGAGGGCGAUCUUCUCGGAUUCCUGUUCGGAUCGGUGCGGCCUGACCAUCGCCAGCUGAUCGUGCAGGAGCUCACAGUUCCUCUCGCGCAGUUGGUUGACGAUCUCCCCCUUGAGAUCGUCUCGCAGAGCGACGAGAGCCCGGUCCCGCACGUCCUCACACGAACGCUGACGCCGUACCUUCAGUGGUCAGCGUGCUUGGAGGAGUCGGGAAGCGGCCGCAACCCGCCAUUGCACCGGGGAUAUCUAGACCCACGAGAGAUAAUCGACCUCGCUUUCUUCCAGGAUCAAACGUCCUUUGAAGACGAGGAGUUAGCGAUCGAAGAAGAAGAAAAAGAAGAAGAAGAAGAAGCUGCUCAGGAGGACGACGAGGAAGAGACACCGGAAAAGGGGAGUUAUAGGGAACAUAGUGAGGGGGAGCAAAGUGAGGAGGAAGAAGAAGAAGAGCAAGGCGAAGAAGAGGAAGAGCUAGAGCUGGAAGAAUCUGAGUGGGAGAUCUCGGCGGAGGAGGCGGAACAAACGGACGCUCAGGCAGAGAACCCUAAGGCGGCGCGCAAGAGAGAGGAGAUCGCGGCCGGAAAGCGACAGCUGGAAUUCACCAACGGAGCAAAUCUGCAGAUUGCCGACGAUCCGGCCCGAGAUCCGAAGCCGCCCAAACCCGAAGAUGGAGACCGAGUGGCUGAGACUUCGAGCGCACCGACAAGGCGGCGACGAAUAGCAGCCGCAACAAAGAAGAAGGCAGAGGAUGUUGACAAGGCACGCCGGUUGGCAAUUGAGCGGCAGCACCAACAAGACGAGGCAGCAGCAAAGGCUGCCAAUGAAGAACGACUUCAACGACGCGAGAAGAUAUUCAGCGGAGAGCGAGCUUUGCUCACAAUGGCAACGGACUGGCGGGCCGAGGCCGAGAAUGGGAAGCUGGAAGAGAGUGGAAACAAGAUCGCUCUACUCCUCUCCCAUCUCACCGACCUCCUGGCCACGUGCAUUGCACAGCAAGAGGACAUUCACAACCUCGACGAUGCGGUUCAGACACACAAUCAGGUGUUUGACCAACUCACCAGCCGCCUCCAGCAGCUGGAACAAUCCGUCGCCGCCCCCAUUGCCAACUCUUCCAACACCUCCGAUUGCCUCGAGGCAAUAGAGAUUGACGUCGGAUCCCUCAAGGAUGGCGUGCAGUUACAGCAAACCGCAACGCAACAGUUGGAGCAGCGGAUCUAUACUGCCGCUACCCACUCGAGCUCGGAACCGCGCGAGACGACUCCAAGGUUCGAUGAUCGGGAGAUCUUCUGCGACUCGACGAAGACGAACCCGAUUCCAUGGUUCCGCAAGUUCGAGCUCAAGUUGCAGCUCCACCACGUCGACGAACACAAGCACCACGAGUACUUAUACUCCCGGUGGGGGGGCGCGUGCCAAGCAUGGUUGGACAAUCUCUUGUCCAAGUACGGAGUGGUGGCUGCCGACUUGCACACCAAGAUCAACUGGGAUGAUCUAAAGGCCGUGUGGCAUAAGCGGUUCCAAGUAGACCCGUCGAAGAUCAAGGCAAUGGACAAGCUGAUGGUCUUUGAAGAAGGCACGCUGUCGAGUGUUGACUGGAUUGCCGAGUACCAACGCUUGACACCCGUCCCAGACAUCCAAAUGGGCUUCAAAGCCAUCAAACACUACUUCAUCUCGAGGUCGUGUCCGACGUUGGGCAAUGCCUUGACUCACGUUGAGGACACCCUGACGACACUGGCGGAGCUCUUCGACAAGGCCGCGCAAAUUAUUGUCAUGAACAAGGAGGCUAAGAACCUCCACCGUUCGUCUGCGACAGACCCGAGCAGAGAUCACCAUCGGCCCAAAGUGAUCGUGUUCACGGCGACAAAGCCAAUCGACCAAACUAGCGAGGCCGAUGUACUGCAAAUUGAAGGCGGAAUCAAGAAACUUGAGGCAGAGGAGAGGAGGGGCACAAAGAGGAGUGCUGGCCUCACCUCAUUUUUGGAAAGUGAGGAGGAUGACCUGGAUGUUGAGCACCUAAUCGGGGAGGAGGAGAGGGAAGACGAAGAGGAGGAUGCCAAAGAGGACGAAUGUUUAGACUACCACAAAGUGCUCGCAGACCAGUACGAGGUCAUGAGAAAGUUGAAGUGGGCGGAGAGACAUCACCAAGAAAGGGUUGUCACUAAGCAGGGCUCAAUAAACCCGACGUUAUGGUAUGAUUAUGCAACAUUCUGCAUGAGGUCUGAGCUGGCGAACCUCCAGCGAGCCGUGCGGAACCAUAAGACUCAGCACGAGGAUGCCACACGGGCACUGGACGCCCAUGUACAGGACUUGGAACAAGUUCCGCCAAGACCAGAUGUUGGGGCUUCCAGCAGUGCAUCCUCUAGCCGCCAACUGGAGGAACACGUUGACCACGUAGUGGCAAUGCUCGGCGACAUCAGCACCUUCGCUGCGCCGACCACCAUCAGCAGUCAGUUGCAUACCUUGAAGACCGAGUUCCAGCAGCUGCAGUCGACGAACACGGAUGGCAAUCCUAAGUUGUACAAGAUGCCAACUUUCCAACUGGAGCAGUUCGACGACUACACGCAGCAGGAUCCGGUCCUCUGGUGGGAAGCAUUCACGACACAACUUCGGAUUCUGCCUGUCGCUAAGCAUGCGUACAUUGGCGCCCUGUUCAUGAACUCAAAGGGCGGAUGCCAGAUCUGGUUGACCUACCUGGCAACCUCCCACGGCGUCGACGUACCGGACUUGAAGGACAAAAUCACAUGGGAGGAACUGACACGGCUGUGGAAGAAGUGGUUCAUCGUCGACGACGCGCCAACACUCGCCAUCAACCGUCUGUUCACCAUGUCACAGGGCAACAGCGCAACACGGGAUUGGCUCACGGAGUGGCAGAAGAUUGCGGCAGUGCCCAAUCUGGACUUGCCAUUCAUGCAUUUACGCCGUGAGUUCUACAACAGGUCCUGUGCUGCAUUGAGCCAGGCUCUUGGUGAUCGCGAGCAGUACUCAACCUUCGCUGAGAUCAUUGACAAGGCCAGGGAAAUCAUCAAGACCAACAGGUCAGCUGCACACGAGAAGUCAACAUGGCAGCCGACCUAUGUGGAGAAGGUACGAACUCGUCCGCGACAGCAGCACUUCGCUGCAGUCCAGUCGGACAGUGGAAAUAACCCAGCAGCCACUCCAGCAUCAGGUGACGGAGAUCAGGUGGCUGCUGUCCAGCCGCGAAGCGACAACAAGUCCCGCAACAAUGGGAAGAAGAAAUCCGCAUCGCAGGCCGGAAAUGGACAGCCAAUACAAGUUCCAUGGGUCAAGUUCGGCUUGACCGAGGCGGAGUACAAGGUCCGCGACCGCUACGGCAGCUGCUAUUGGUGCAACAGCACCAAGCACAAGACCUCCCUGUGCCAGGAUCAGGGCAAGGAGGAUGUGCGACCCCGCCUCAACUCGGGAAACUGCGUUCCGCGGAAGGACUAUGUUGUCCACUUGGUUCCACCGCUGGACAAACCGCUCCACGUGCAACAAUCUACCGCAUGCACGGUUUCAUCACCAUCGGCAACCGAUUCGGCAGCUUCGCCGCCAUCUAUCGUCGGGGAUUCAUCGUCGUGGUCAAGACUUGAGGUGCUCGACCCACUGACGUUCACGGACUUCCAGUGGAUGCCCGUUCCCCCGACCGGACGAUUGCCGAAACCGCAUUGCAAUGUGCUCAUGGCACAACUGCGGGAUUACUUGCACACUGCAGGACCAGCUCCGUUGAUGGAUGCCGGAGUAGAGGUUGUCGACCUUCACGCUUACAUUGCGAAGAUCGACCGCGAGUUCAAGACGCAACGGUACGACGACAUCGACGCACCAUUGCUAUAUGUACGCAUUCAGAUCGGAGAGGCGAAGUGCAACGCCUUGAUCGAUUGCGGAGCAUCUCGCAACUACAUCAGCCAGGACUUCAUGGAGCGUGCCGGCCUUGGCCCACGCGUCCGGAGGAAGUCCCAGCCUACGCAAGUCACGUUGGCGGACGGUCACACGCACAAGUCAAUCGACCGGUGCAUUGACAAAGUCCCAGUGUACUUUGCCCCUCACACAAGUGAGGCCAUGUCCUUUGACAUUCUGGACACCAAAUUUAACAUGAUCUUGGGCAUGUCAUGGCUGCGAAGCGAGGAUCACCCGGUGAACUUCUUCCACCGCACCGUUUACAUUCGUGAUCGGAACGGAGUACUAGUUCCAUGCACGGUGCCUCUUCCUCAUCCUUCGAUUAGCUGCCACGUGGUAUCCGCCGCAAGCAUGCGAUCUUCCAUCAUUAGAGACGACAUCGAGGAGAUGGGGGUGUGUUUUCUCCACGCCCUCCCGCCCCAUGACGCUUCAUCGACAGACUCACCUUCGGAUCCACGCAUCACCGAGCUUCUCGAAGCCUACAGCGACGUGUUCGAAGGCCCGCACGGAGUAGUACUGGAUCGACCCAUCCACCACGAGAUUAUCCUCGAGGACAGGCCGUACCUCCGCGCGACGAUCAGAAACGCUGGCCCUCUCCCACGCAUCGACGAUCUUCUCGAGCGACUGGGCGGCGCCAAGUUCUUCUCCAAGCUCGAUCUCAAGUCGGGAUAUCACCAACUCGAGAUUCGCAAGGAGGACCGUUACAAGACCGCGUUUAAGACGCGAUACGGGCAUUUCGAAUGGCUGGUUAUGCCAUUUGGCCUUACGAAUGCCCCGGCCACUUUCCAAGCGGCUAUGACAACGGAGUUCGGACACAUGCUGGAUCGAUACGUACUUAGCUACCUCGACGACAUCCUGGUGUACAGCCGGAGUUUGGAGGAGCAUGUGGAACACCUGCGCACCGUUUUGGAGCGGCUACGACAAGCCAAGUACAAGGCCAACCGCGACAAGUGUGAAUUCGCACGACAGGAGCUGGAGUACUUGGGACAUUAUGUGACGCCGCAAGGCAUCCGUCCGCUUGCGGACAAGAUCGAAGCCCUACGA